AUGAGAGCCUGUUUGAGCUCUCUGCUGCUGGGCCUCUUUGCGCUCCAGAGGAGCCUCGGCAGUCCAUCUACAGCAGGCCUUGGCUUAAACACACACUCUCACAACCGAACCAGACUUCCUGUGGGCCCAGUCCUAAACACACACAUCCAUAACCGAACCAGACUUUCUGUAGGCUCUGUCCUAAAUGCACACUCACAAAAUCGGACUAAACUCCCUGAGGGAGGGAAGGACCCCCAUCACCGGCCCAAGAGGGGUUGGGUGUGGAAUCAGUUCUAUGUUUUGGAGGAGCACAUUGGACCGGAGCCGCAGUAUGUCGGAAAGCUGCACUCCAACUCGGAUAAGGGUGAUGGCUUGGUGCGGUAUCUCCUCUCAGGAGAAGGUGCCGGCACCAUUUUCACCAUUAAUGAGUCUACAGGAGACAUUCAUGCCACCAAGAGCCUGGACCGUGAGAAGAAGAACCACUACGUCCUUCACGCUCGCGCCGUCCACAGCAUCACGCACCGCACCGUGGAGCCCGAGUCCGAGUUCAUCAUUAAGGUUCAGGAUGUGAAUGACAACGCACCUACCUUCCCCAACGGCCCGUUCACUGCCUCCGUACCUGAGAUGGCCGACAUCGGAACGUCGGUUAUCCAGAUCACUGCCACAGAUGCUGAUGACCCCACAUAUGGAAACAGUGCCAGGAUAGUCUACAGCGUCCUGCAGGGCCAGGCAUAUUUCAGCAUCGACCCGAAAACUGGAGUCAUUAGGACAGCGCUGGCCAACAUGGACCGAGAAACCAGAGAAAUGUACUCCAUCAUCAUCCAAGCCAAAGACAUGGCCGGUUCUGUGGGGGGUCUUUCAGGGUCCACCACCGUCAACAUCACACUCACCGACGUCAAUGAUAAUCCACCCAGGUUUCCUCAAAAAAACUACCAGCUGUACGUCCCCGAGUCUGCUCAGGUUGGGAAAGCUGUCGGUAAAAUCAAAGCCAAUGAUGAAGACCUUGGAAUCAAUGCAGAGAUGGAGUACAAGAUAACCAACGAGGAAGGGGUGGCCAUGUUUUCCAUCUCUGCUGACAGUGACAAGAGAGAGGGGGUCAUCUCCCUGAAAAAGCAUCUUGAUUAUGAGAAGAAAAAGGCUUAUACUUUAAGCAUCGAGGGAGCAAACACACACCUGGACCCUCAUUUCUCGCACCUCGGCCCGUUCAAAGACACCACCACGCUGAAGAUCAUCGUCGGGGACGUGGACGAAGCGCCAGUCUUUCCUAUGGAUUAUUACAUUAUGGAUGUCUACGAGAACGCGCCAGCUGGCACAGACGUCGGCAUCGUGACGGCUCAAGACCCCGACAACGCCAGAGGAAAAAUCAGGUACUCCAUCGACGAGAGCGCAGACGGAGAAACACUUUUCAGUAUCGAUGAGAACAGCGGCCUCAUUAAAACGACGGCAAGUCUGGAUCGAGAAGGCGUGGCCUGGCACAACAUCACUGUCAGUGCUGCAGAGGUUGACAAUCCCAAAUUAGUGAACUCCGUCCCCGUGACAAUCCAAGUCCUGGACGUCAAUGACAACACGCCGUACAUCCACACUGACGGUGACAUCAUCAUGUGUGAGAGCACCAAAGCAGGCCAGGUCAUCCAGACCAUCAGGGCUAUGGACAGGGACAAUUUUGCCAACGGACGCUUUUCCUUCGCUCUGCCAGCAGAUGUUCGGGCCAAUCCAAACUUCACCCUCAAGGACAAUGAAGACAGCAGUGCGAGUAUCGUGGCCCGGCGCUGGGGCUUUAGUCGGGCCGAUCAGGAGCUCCAUCAGCUGGCCGUGGUGGUGUGGGAUGGAGGCGAGCCGGUGCUCAGCAGCACCACCACCCUCACGCUGCGUGUAUGUCCGUGCCAGCGCGGCCUCCGAGCCCCGACCUGCCAACCCCAGGCCUUCUUGUCCUCCGCCGGCCUCAGCACCGGGGCUCUCAUCGCCAUCCUGCUCUGCGUCCUCAUCCUGCUGGCCAUCGUGGUGUUGUUCAUUACCCUGCGGAGCAAAAAGAGCAAAAAAGAGACGCUGAUCAUUUCUGAAGAGGACAUCAGGGAGAACGUGGUGACGUACGAUGACGAAGGUGGAGGCGAGGAGGACACCGAGGCCUUUGACAUGGCGGCUCUGAGGAACCCCGAGGCUGCGGCGGAGGCCCGUAAGAAACGGAAGAGGAGGAAGGAGGAGGCGCAGUGUGAGCCGUUCGGAGCUGUAGGGGUAGAGACGCUGAGUCCGUCCCUGUCCCUGCCCACUCAGGACAUCCAGGAAGCGAUCCAGCUGAAGGUAGUGGAGGCGGAUCAGGACACAAGCGGGCCACCGUACGACUCGCUGCAGACGUAUGCUUACGAAGGCCAGGGCUCGCCGAGUGGCUCCAUCAGCUCUCUGGACCUUCCUGAUCCUCCGUACGAACCCGACACACUCGAGCUGGAUGCCUUGUGGCCUGACGUUCACUCGCUCGCAACGCUUUUCCACGAGAAAAGCGGCCAGCACACGCUCUAG